CAUAAUAAAAUGGCAAACGCUACCGUUCUUUUGGUUAUGAACUUCUUGGCGUUAUGUGUGGCAAUGGCUGGAAUUUCAGUGGGUGCUGCUGGAUGCUCCUGGUGGAAGAAAGACAAUCCAAUAGAGUUUACAGAAGGUUUAUGGCGUGCUUGUGCAAAAACAAAUUGCAGUAGCAGAGAAAAUAUAUUGGAAUUUACUGAUUUCCACCAAGAAAAAGACAUUAUCCUUACACUUCUUCUGUGUGGAGGUUUUUUUACUGCUGUGGCGACAAUGAGUGCAUUAUGUCUGUGCUGCUGCAAAGAAAGUUAUGGUGGUUGGAAGUGUGGAUCAGUUGUAUUGCUCAUCUUUUCUUGGAUGGCAGUCGCUGCAAAUGUGGGCGCUAUGACAUACGCUGAAAUAAAAUUUAAGGACGAAUGGGAUACUUUUGACCAUGGAUGGUCAGCAAUUUCAGCAUGGGUUGGUGCAGGAAUGUGCGUGUUUACGUUUUUUAUGGCUAUAUCCUUAAUGCGUUUAUCGCCAACUACCCGCAAAACGUCUGCUUAUAUAGAGAAUUUUGAAGAAAGUCACCAGAAUCAAAGUAUGACGACGUAUGAAUGAAUGAAUUAUUGAACCAGAUUGUAAAAUAGGCAAACAAUGCAAGCAUAUUUGCAAGCAUCAAAUAUUUGAAUAUUUUUGAUUAUAUGUUCAUAUGUUUUUUGACAGUGAAUAUUUGCACAAAUAUAUAAAUUAAUAUUUACGAUAAUUGGGUGAUUUUCUAGCGCCGCACUUAUGGCUUCUUUUCCCAAAAACUGAUUUUAAAAGCUGUAUUUUA